AGCAGGGUGAGUGGGCAACUUUGAUUUAAACAAAAUCACUGGAAUUUCUUCUCUCAAAUAUGGAGGAGAUAGAUCGUGACACACUGUUUGACUUCCACGGAGUCUCCAUGUCCAAAACCUUCACGGACAACUGGGACGAGGUGCAGAACUUCCAAGCGAGACCAGAGGACAUUCUUAUAGCUACUUAUCCUAAAGCAGGUACGACGUGGGUCUGUUACAUGCUGGAUCUUCUGUAUUUUGGGCGCAUGGGUCCGCAGCGUGAGACGUCCAUCCCUAUUCAUAAGAGAGUUCCAUUCCUGGAGAUAACCAAGCCGUCUCAACCCACAGGUAAAGACUUGGCAGACCAGCUUCCCACCACUCCUCGUCUCAUCAAAACCCAUCUACCACCUCAGUUUGUGCCAAAGUCUUUCUGGGAGCAGAACGUCAGGAUAAUCAACGUGUUUCGUAAUGCAAAGGACAGCGCGGUGUCCUACUACCAUUUUUGCCGCAUGAGCAAAGGCAUGCCCGAACCUGGAGACUGGAGCACCUUUCUACAGAACUUCAUGGAAGGAAAGGUGGUGUAUGGAUCCUGGCAUGACCAUGUGAAGGGCUGGUGGGAGAAGAAACUCACGUAUCCGAAUAUUCACCACGUUUUCUAUGAAGAUCUGAUUCAGGACACUGGACGAGAGUUCGAUAAACUCUGUUGCUUCCUUGGUUUGUCUUGUUCUGCUGAGGAGAAGGAAAGAGUGACAACUGGAGUGAGGUUUGACAACAUGAAACAAAACCAGAUGGUGAAUUAUUCCACCGUCCAAAGUUUGAACCAAAAGUUGUCUCCUUUCAUGAGAAAAGGGAAGGUCGGUGACUGGAGGAAUCACUUCACUGUGGUCCAGGAGGAGAAGUUCGAUGAGGACUACACACGGAAGAUGAAGAAUACUACACUGCAGUUUCGUUCUGAUGUUUAGAGGCCUGUGCAGCCAUGUCAUAAACCGGUAUUGAUUUGAUCAUUUAGAGUUAACUGAAUCAUAUGUAAAAAUGAUUUUAAACUAGUGUUGGAAAAUGAUUCUUGUUGGAUUACCUUGAAUGUAUUAGAACCAAAGUCCAAACUGAUCAUUUGAUACUAACAAAUGAUUGUUGACUUAAUCACUUAAACCAGUGGUUCUCAACUGGUCUGGCUCAAGGUGAACCUUUAAGCUUUUUGGAGUAAAUUGCAUGACAACAGGUUAACCCUUGGACUCUAAGGCAAGACGACUUUAGGUUAAACAUGAGACACUUGGCGGGAUAACUACAAGUUGUGCAGAGGCAAUAAAAGUAAGUAGAACUUUCUGCUUCUGGGUUGUGGCUCAGUCAACACAGAACAUAAAGGAGAGAUAAACACAAUGAGGCAAAACGAGGAUGUUUUAAAAGCAGCUUAGUUUAUGGACAUGACCAGGUUGUCCUUUGCUUUAUAGUUUUGAGUUAAUUAUUUGUUCACCUUCAUUAAAAAUAUAUAUAACGUAUUAUAUUAUCCAUUUUUUCCUCCCUUCUUUCAUGAAACACAGAUAACCAUCCCUCUCUGUUCAAGGCUGUGCCAUAGUUGGAGAUCACAGUCCCUCCUCCGGCGACUCGUAAUAAUUGUGUUAUCUAAAUGUACUAAAUGUACAUUGUGUCGUUUUCAGAGAGGCAGUAAAUGAACUGUGAUUGAGGGGAGACACUCACAGUUAAAUUUCGUAAUCAUGCCUGUUACUCAAUCAUCAAGUAGAUAAUGAAUUCCUCCGUGUCUGACAUUCAUCCUGCAAAUAACGUUUGUUUUCACAUUCUUCUGCUGAAGGGAGAAUGUUUUUUUUGUGUUGACCUGGUGUUUGAGUUCUAAGGCGUGAACCCACAGGUAGGAUUUGGUUCCAUCAAAAGUUCGGAGGCAAUCCGAUGUGGCCAUCACCAGUCUGUCAAGCUCCUGAAGUUUGCUGAUGACACCACCCUAAUUGGACUGAUCUCUGGUGGGGACGAGUCCGCCUACAGGUGGGAGUCUGACCACCUGGUGACGUGGUGCAGCAAGAACAACCUGGAGCUUAACGCCCUGAAGCAGGGCUGGACUGGGACAAAAAAAGGGCAUUUUUGCAUUUUUGCUCAGACCGGCCCACCACAAUCGGUUGGACACAACCACCAACCAGUGCACUAUCCUUGCUUUCCCUGUAGAUAUGCAUAUCUACUGUUCCGUUCCCAAAAACCCAUACAAAGCUGAGAACUACUGUAAGUGCCAUGGACCAGUUUACAAUUGCAAGUAUAGGUUACUUUGUUUUAAAGGGAUAGUUCACUCAAAAAUGAAAAUUGUGUC